ACAUACAAAGUAAACGGGAGGACCGCUGCUCGUUUCACCCGUGGAUACUAUUACACAACUGCCGUCGUCUCCAAACCCUGCCUGUGGGAUACUCUGGCUGCAUCCUCUCAUUUUUUUUUUUUUUUUUACAGUUUUAUGACCUCCUUUUGUAUCACCCCCUCCUUUUUAAAAAAUUCUUUCCCAUCUUUUCUCCCCUCUCCUCAUCCUCGAGCAUCCUCUCCUGCUCGCAAGUCUUCUCGCUUGCCUCGCUAACUUUUUUCAUCCCACAUAACCUCCUCCAUCGCUCACCAACCCUCUCGGCAGUUCCCACCCGAGUCCUCCUCCUCCUUUUUGUAUUAUUAUUAUUACUGUUAUUGCAGCAGCCUCCCUCUUUGGAUCGGGCGGAACCCAUUUGGUCAGUCUACACCGGGGCACUGCUACAUGGGGCGCACGGUCUCGCUCGGAAAAUGGUCCGCUGUUGGUCUCUAGGCGCCCCGCUGAACCUGUCGGGAUUGGAGUUGCCGGUGCGCGUCUGCGUCUCUUUCCCACCUCGCCUGUGUGGUCGGGGCCAGUGAGACAUGGGUCUGUCCGUGGUGGCGCAGGCACAGCUCGAGGAGCCCCGACGGCUGCGCCAGUGGAGCGGGACAGCGGGAGGCUGGCUCCGGAUCACUCUCGUCUCGUUUCUCGCCACUUUACCUGUGGAGCAGCUGCGCGCCUUCCCUUCCUCCCUCAGCGACUGCCAGACGCCGACCGGCUGGAACUGCUCCGGUUUUGAUGACCGGGACACAGAUCUGUUCUUGUGCGACACCAACACAUGCAAGUUUGAUGGGGAGUGUCUACGAAUCGGGAACAUGGUGACAUGCAUUUGUGAUUUCAAGUGCAAUAAUGACUAUGCUCCAGUGUGUGGCUCCAACAAUAAGAACUACCAGAACGAGUGUUUCCUGCGCAGGGAUGCCUGCAAGCAGCAGUCUGAAGUACUUAUUAUGUCAGAAGGAGACUGUCCUGCUGAUGCCGGCUCAGGAUCAGGAGAUGAUGGAGGAGAGGGCUCAGCUGAGACUGGGCAGAAGGAGACGUCCACCUGUGACAUCUGCCAGUUUGGGGCAGAGUGCGAUGUGGACGCUGAGGAUGUUUGGUGUGUUUGCAACAUUGACUGUUCACACAUCAGCUUCAACCCGGUGUGCGCCUCAGAUGGCCGUUCCUAUGACAACCCCUGCCAGGUGAAAGAGGCAUCCUGUCAGAAGCAGGAGCGCAUCGAGGUCAAGUACCUGGGCCACUGCCAAGGAGACGGCAUAAGAGAUAGCACAUUCGCUCGGACCGACAUCCCGGCAAAGGAAAAAGGGAGCGAACUGGCCCGUGGCCUGUACAUCCCUUGUCCAGAUCACUACAAAAACUACUGCGUCCAUGGAGAGUGUCAGUUUCCCAGUAUUCUGGCCCAGCCCUCCUGCAGCUGUGACACGGGUUUUAGGGGCCCUAAGUGUGACAUCAAAGAGUACAACGUGCUCUAUGUGGUGCCAGGCUCUGGCAAACUGCACUACGUCCUCAUCGCCUCUAUCAUUGGAGCACUCCAGGUGGUCAUCAUCUGUGUGGUGGUGCUCUGCAUUACCAGGAAGUGCCCACGGACCAACAGGAUCAACCGGCAGAAGCAGAACAAUGUUCACUUCAGUUCAGAGAAUACCAUGCGCGCCUCCACUCGACUUAUCUGAGCCCAGACACACCGGACAGCGUCCUCUUCACGUUAUGGGGCGCUGUGGCGUUAGAUGUUCCCCCUAGUAGGCCAACCCUGAAAAUUAGCAUCUGCUUCCCCUCACCCCUCGCCCUCUCUCCCAGUAUGAACUUGAGGAACGCCCAUGGAGCAAAGACAGAGCUGGCACACCAGUCAGUGGUGAGACUCACGCGCUGGGGUAAUGUUGUCAUCAGUCGCCACCGCCGCCAGCAACACCCCCCCCCCCCCCCCCCCCCCCCCCCCCCCCCCUCCAGUUGCCCAUGUAUCUCCUUACACCUUCUUCUGAAGGUUCUCCUGAAAAACUGAACUGUGAGGUCUUGGGGCCGAGGGGCCGCUGAGGAUACUGAAUGUGUGUGUGUGGGUGUGUGUGAAUGUGUAUUAGAUGUGUGCGCUUUGUUAGAGGCGGGCUAGUCGGUGUCUGUUGUUUAUAGAUGAGGGGUACAAGCAAAUCGGGGUAGUGCAAAGCAGGGUAACGGGCUUUAAAUGAGGUGUGUGUUCAGUCCGGGAGGGGGGUGGGGGGUUUUCGGGGCUACACGUGAUGCCUUGCACCUUGUGUUAUAGGAGACCUUUGACAGAGGGCACAAUGUUAUUAUAGAGCUCUCUGUUCGGUUGUGACGAUGACGUCAGCUACUGUAUCUUGGGUUCUAUUUCCAAUAGUUAUUACUACGUUGUCUUGAUGGGGUCAUUUUUCUGUAAAUGUAAAUAAAUAAUUUAUAUCACGAAAUGUAA